UUAGGCACUACGGGUAGAUGAGCCUGCUUUCUGCCAAUGGUUCAUACAGGCUAUUCUGUAUUCUAGUUAGUAUAGACAAUCAAUGACAGGGUGUACUAGAUCUACAAUACAGCACAUACUAUUUCUUUAUUUUGAACUGUCGGUACCAAGUUCAACAAAAGUAGGAAAUAAAACUCCUGUCUCCAGACAUGGCUUUAGUGGGAGUUAGAGUUUCAUACCACAGGAUUCUUAACAAGAUCGAGCUCAAACUACCUGCUAAACUGAGACCUUUCUACAACCAUCCAGCAGGCCCAAAGACAGUCUUCUUCUGGGCACCAGUGUGUAAAUGGGGCCUGGUUAUGGCUGGCAUGGCUGAUAUGACACGGCCAGCUGAUAAAUUGAGUCUCUCUCAGUCUGGAGUACUCAUGACUACAGGUGUUAUUUGGUCCCGAUAUUCUCUUGUCAUUAUUCCAAAGAACUGGGGUCUCUUUUUUGUCAACGGUUUUCUUGGAUUGGCAGGAGCCAACCAACUUGUUAGAAUCUGGAUGUACCAACAGGAAGUAAAGAAGCAACAGGACGAGAAGGCCCAGAUCCCCAUCAUAUAACCCGCACACGCACACACACACACACACACACACACACACACACACACACACACACACACACACACACACACACACACACACACACGUAUUUAAUUUAUUCAUGUCUUAAUCAAUUUUUUGGCAAAGUCUGUAAAGUCAACCCUCAACAGUCAGUAACACAUGUCUUAUAUACAGUACAUAUCACAGGUCUUAUAUACAGUACAUAUCACAGGUCUUAUAUACAGUACAUAUCACAGGUCUUAUAUACAGUACAUAUCACAGGUC